UUUUGACGAAUUGCGGAAUGGGCUGCAUUUGAGCGAUGCAAACGCUACAUAAGCUGAUCGAUUCCACCAGUAUUACGUAUCGCUGGAGAAAAACGCUGGAAAGUCCAAGCUAAUGGUUGCUAAUCGACUUUAUGUGCAACAAGGUUUUCAAUUGAAACCGAGUUUCCAAGAAGUGGCUGCCGUUAAGUUGUUUUCAGGUGCUGAGUCAGUGGACUUUACGAAAGCGAAUAUAACCGCAGAAAUGAUCAAUAAAUUUGUAAAGGAGAAAACAAAUGAACGGAUCAAAGAAAUCGUCAAACCAGACAUGUUUGUUGACCAUCACUAUCGCGCAGUUCUGAUUAAUGCAAUCUCUAUGAAAGGCACAUGGGUUAAACCAUUUCCGGUGAUUCGCAAACGAAAUUUCUACAUUAAUGAAACAGCAUUCGUCGAACGUGAUUUUAUGAUGGUUAGUCAAUAUUUUUGGAGUAUUCGUAUGAAUGAACUUGAUGCUAGAGCGAUACGACUGGAUUACGCGAAAUCAAACUUCUCAUUUGUACUCAUUUUACCAAACAAUCGGAUAGGGCUUCAUGCGCUUGAAUCGCAGCUCACCAAUUACACUCUAUCACAAAUUAUGGAUCGAAUGAUUUAUUUCAAAUGUAUUAUUCAUAUGCCGAAGUUCAAAAUCGAGUCAUCAAUCAGUCUUAAAGAGAUUUUGAAGAAAAUGAGCAUGGUUUCGAUGUUUGAUCGAACGGCCAAUCUGAGUGGCCUUUCAGAUUCAGAGGAGCCAUUGUACGUGGACGAUAUAAUCCAUAAAACCACCAUCGAAAUAGACGAAAAACACUCGGAAACAGGAAGAAGCAUAAGGACUUUAGAAGCUGCAUUUUCUUUCGAAGUCUAUCAUCCGUUCAUAUACCACAUUUGGGACAGAGCAACCAACACCACAAUUUUCAGCGGCCAUAUUAAGAAUUUUUGA